AUGGCGAAGGAGCCAUUCGGGGCGGCACCGCCUUUGUUCUCCCUUCCUGUUGCCGACGGAGUAGAAGACAGCAACCCUGGUGACCACGGCCGUCCUCGUGGCUGCGGGGUUGGGGUCCCGGGCAGUCAAGCCGCGGUUGUGUUCGGACAGGGAGAGAGCGUGGCCGGGGCCGCACGCGCCUCAGCGGGGAGGGACGCGGGCCGGCGCGAGCGCCCGGCCGUUGGCGCGGGACCAUCCGAGCCACAGGAGUCCCGGAGACCGGCCUCCCGGAGGGGAGUUUCAUUUCUCCCAUCCCCGUCCCUCCCCACCCCAUCCAUUAAUAUUAUUCUUUUGAAGACUCUUCAUUGUCAAGCCGCCAAAGUGGAGAGUGCGAUUGCAGAAGGGGGUGCUUCUCGUUUCAGUGCUUCUUCGGGCGGAGGAGGAAGUAGGGGUGCACCUCAGCACUAUCCCAAGACUGCUGGCAACAGCGAGUUCCUGGGGAAAACCCCAGGGCAAAACGCUCAGAAAUGGAUUCCUGCACGAAGCACUAGACGAGAUGACAACUCCGCAGCAAACAACUCCGCAAAUGAAAAAGAACGACAUGAUGCAAUCUUCAGGAAAGUAAGAGGCAUACUAAAUAAGCUUACUCCUGAAAAGUUUGACAAGCUAUGCCUUGAGCUCCUCAAUGUGGGUGUAGAGUCUAAACUCAUCCUUAAAGGGGUCAUACUGCUGAUUGUGGACAAAGCCCUAGAAGAGCCAAAGUAUAGCUCAUUGUAUGCUCAGCUAUGUCUGCGAUUGGCAGAAGAUGCACCAAACUUUGAUGGCCCAGCAGCAGAGGGUCAGCCAGGACAGAAGCAAAGCACAACAUUCAGACGCCUCCUAAUUUCCAAAUUACAAGAUGAAUUUGAAAACCGAACCAGAAAUGUUGAUGUCUAUGAUAAACGUGAAAACCCCCUCCUCCCUGAGGAGGAGGAACAGAGAGCCAUUGCUAAGAUCAAGAUGUUGGGGAACAUCAAAUUCAUUGGAGAACUUGGAAAGCUUGAUCUUAUUCAUGAAUCUAUCCUUCAUAAGUGCAUCAAAACACUUUUGGAAAAGAAGAAGAGAGUCCAACUCAAAGAUAUGGGAGAAGAUUUGGAAUGCCUCUGUCAGAUAAUGAGGACAGUGGGACCUAGAUUAGACCAUGAACGAGCCAAGUCCUUAAUGGAUCAGUACUUUGCCCGAAUGUGCUCCUUGAUGUUAAGUAAGGAAUUGCCAGCAAGGAUUCGUUUCCUGCUGCAGGAUACAGUAGAGUUGCGAGAACACCACUGGGUUCCUCGCAAGGCUUUUCUUGACAAUGGACCAAAGACGAUCAAUCAAAUCCGUCAAGAUGCAGUAAAAGAUCUAGGAGUGUUUAUUCCAGCUCCUAUGGCUCAAGGGAUGAGGAGUGACUUCUUUCUGGAGGGACCUUUCAUGCCACCCAGGAUGAAAAUGGAUAGGGACCCACUUGGAGGACUUGCUGAUAUGUUUGGACAAAUGCCAGGUAGUGGAAUUGGGACUGGUCCAGGAGUUAUCCAGGAUAGAUUUUCACCCACCAUGGGGCGUCAUCGUUCAAAUCAACUCUUCAAUGGCCAUGGGGGACACAUCAUGCCUCCCACACAGUCACAGUUUGGAGAGAUGGGAGGCAAGUUUAUGAAAAGCCAGGGGCUAAGCCAGCUCUACCAUAACCAGAGUCAGGGACUCUUAUCCCAGCUGCAAGGACAGUCGAAGGAUAUGCCACCUCGGUUUUCUAAGAAAGGACAGCUUAAUGCAGAUGAGAUUAGUCUGAGGCCUGCUCAGUCGUUCCUAAUGAAUAAAAAUCAAGUGCCAAAGCUUCAGCCCCAGAUAACUAUGAUUCCUCCUAGUGCGCAGCCACCGCGCACUCAGACACCUCCUCUGGGACAGACACCUCAGCUUGGUCUCAAAACUAAUCCACCACUUAUUCAGGAAAAGCCUGCCAAGACCAGUAAAAAGCCGCCACCCUCAAAGGAAGAACUACUUAAACUAACUGAAACUGUUGUGACUGAAUAUCUGAACAGUGGAAAUGCAAAUGAAGCUGUCAGUGGUGUAAGAGAAAUGCGGGCUCCUAAACACUUUCUUCCUGAGAUGUUAAGCAAAGUAAUCAUCCUGUCACUAGACAGAAGUGAUGAAGAUAAAGAAAAAGCCAGUUCUUUGAUCAGUUUACUCAAACAGGAAGGAAUAGCUACAAGUGACAACUUCAUGCAGGCUUUUUUGAAUGUAUUGGACCAGUGCCCCAAACUGGAGGUUGACAUCCCCUUGGUGAAAUCAUAUUUAGCACAGUUCGCAGCUCGUGCCAUCAUUUCAGAGCUGGUGAGCAUUUCCGAACUAGCGCAACCACUGGAAAGUGGCACCCAUUUUCCUCUCUUCUUACUUUGUCUUCAGCAACUAGCUAAGUUACAAGAUCGAGAAUGGUUAACAGAACUUUUCCAACAAAGCAAGGUCAAUAUGCAGAAAAUGCUCCCAGAAAUUGAUCAAAAUAAGGAUCGCAUGUUGGAGAUUUUGGAAGGAAAGGGACUUAGUUUCUUAUUUCCACUCCUCAAAUUGGAGAAGGAACUAUUGAAGCAAAUAAAGUUGGAUCCAUCCCCUCAGACCAUAUAUAAGUGGAUUAAAGACAACAUCUCUCCCAAACUUCAUGUAGAUAAAGGAUUUGUGAACAUCUUAAUGACUAGCUUCCUACAGUAUAUUUCUAGUGAAGUAAACCCACCCAGUGAUGAAACAGAUUCUUCCUCUGCUCCUUCCAAAGAACAGUUAGAGCAGGAAAAACAACUGCUUCUUUCUUUCAAGCCAGUAAUGCAGAAAUUCCUUCACGAUCAUGUUGAUCUACAAGUAAGUGCCCUGUAUGCUCUUCAGGUGCACUGCUACAACAGCAACUUCCCAAAAGGCAUGUUACUCCGCUUUUUUGUUCACUUCUAUGACAUGGAAAUUAUUGAAGAAGAAGCUUUCUUGGCUUGGAAGGAAGACAUAACCCAAGAGUUUCCCGGGAAAGGCAAGGCUUUGUUCCAGGUGAAUCAGUGGCUAACCUGGCUAGAAACUGCUGAGGAAGAAGAAUCAGAGGAAGAAGCUGACUAAAGAACCAGCCAAAGCCUUAAAUUGUGCAAAACAUACUGUUGAUAUGGUGUAACUGCAUUUGACCUAACCACUGCGAAAAUUCAUUCCGCCGUAAUGUUUUCACAAUAUUUAAAGCAGAAGCACGUCAGUUAGGAUUUCCUUCUGCAUAAGGUUUUUUGUAGUGUAAUGUCUUAAUCAUAGUCUACCAUCAAAUAUUUUAGGAGUAUCUUUAAUGUUUAGAUAGUAUAUUAGCAGCAUGCAAUACUUACAUCAUAAGUUCUCAAGCAGAAGGCAGUCUAUUGCAAGGAUCUUCUUUGCUGCCAGUUAUCAUAGGCUGUUUUAAGUUAGAAAACUGAAUAGCAACACUGAAUACUGUAGAAAUGCACUUUGCUCAGUAAUACUUGAGUUGUUGCAAUAUUUGAUUAUCCAUUUGGUUGUUACAGAAAAAUUCUUAACUGUAAUUGAUGGUUGUUGCCGUAAUAGUAUAUUGCCUGUAUUUCUACCUCUAGUAAUGGGCUUUAUGUGCUAGAUUUUAAUAUCCUUGAGCCUGGGCAAGUGCACACGUCUUUUUAAAAGAAACAUGGUUUACUUGCACAAAACUGAUCAGUUUUGAGAGAUCGUUUAAUGCCCUUGAAGUGGUUUUUGUGGGUGUGAAACAAAUGGUGAGAAUUUGAAUUGGUCCCUCUUAUUAUAGUAUUGAAAUUAAGUCUACUUAAUUUAUCAAGUCAUGUUCAUGCCCUGAUUUUAUAUACUUGUAUCUAUCAAUAAACAUUGUGAUACUUGAUGUAGCUGAGUGUGACUAAACUAGCAUCCACCAAUCUAUGGGCAAACAAGACUUGGAACGUUUAAAAUCUUACCUAUUCUAAUUCCCUUUCCAUGAGGAGAGGGAAUUUCUCAGGUCAGAUUGUUGGAAGUAACCAAUAAACAAACAGCUCCUGUGACCAAAGGCAGUGCUGAGAUCACAAGUCUUGUGAAUUUGGAGUACAUUGCUAAUGCAUAGCAACAAACUGGAUGACAUUUAUCUUUUCAUUGUCAUGCUGAAAUACAUGGUAGCCUCAGAGAGGCUAAUAGCCACCCUCAUGGCCAAGACAGCACAGCUUCAACCUGCGGGUAUUCCCAGCAGCAGCUGCUGUGGAGUCCUAGGUACCCUCUUAGGGGAGAGCCUCUCCAGACAAAGACAGGAAGAAACCAUGCUGUACUGCUGUGCCUGACAGCUUUGAUGUGUGAAAGGUCUAUCAGGUUCAUCUCCAAGACAAGUAGUGAGUGGAACCAAUAUGUCAUCGAUUCAGAAAAGCUAGUCCUCUCUAUUUUAGCAGUCUUCCUCUUCGUGGAAGUUCUCACACAAGUAACAUUCAUAGUUUUUGGUGGAUUAUGCUGAGUACAAUUCAGGCCAAGCAGACUGCUGCAAAUACUUCAUUUCAGAUAAAAGAGAACUUUGGGGAAAGGGCUAGGUUGUGGAGAUAAGCCAUAAAUUGCAUUAUUCCUAGCCUGCCCAACCACCCUAUCAAGGAGGGGAACAGUUUAACCUAGCAAGUGCAGUCAGUAUAUGGUUAGAAUUCUGUUUACAGCCAGAAUUAUUCCAAUUCAGCUAAGAAAUUGGGCCAGUCUUAGGCCAGAUGUGCAUUUGUCUCACUGGUUGCAGAAGCUAGGUUUUCACCAGUGCCCACCCCACGCUUCAAGAACAACUUAAAUACGACCCCUGGAGUAGCAUUCUCAUCUUGUUUUAGACUCUGAACAGUGUAUUUCACAACCUACCAUAGUGUGGAAAGUUUGUUAUGUACCUGACGAGCGCUUUGUAUAAAUAAUAAUGCCUUUAGCAUCAGUA